AUGUCAUCUGACGAUAUAUCCGGCCCAGGAGAGAGGACUUUGGAAACGGAGAAGGAGAAAGCCGACGGCGACGCCUCUUACUACGCCAAGCACCCCGACAUCAGAGAUAUCCCCGGCCUGCGCUUUCCCGGCGGUCGGGGACAGCAAGUCGCCAGCCGGGGCCAAGCGGCAUUCGCCAUUUUCUUCGAAGGGCCUACCCCUCCAUCCCUGGAGAACCGGUUCCGCGUUGCCGAUCGCGUCAAGAGCCUUUUUGAUGCUGCCCACCAAGUCGCAUCGCGCGACGAGAGACAGACAAACCUCCUGACGAUCGUGUGGCUGACUCUCCGUCACAUGAGCCGGGACACCCACACCGCCGCAUGGGUCAAAGACGUUGGUGAAGAGAGUCUCGUUCAUAUCAUGGAAGCCUUUGUCGACGCGAGGGCUUUCUAUCUCAAGAGGACCCAUCGGAAAGACCGCACCAAGGGCUUUGACAGCUGCUUGAGAAGUCUGGAUCAAUGGAUCCUGCUCUCCCAGUCCAGAACCUGGAAAGCAAGCACAUCAGCGCCAGAAGCUGUGGCCCAGAAGUCGAAUAAUACCGAGAGUAGGAAGAGACGUCGACGCAAUGCGGAUUCCUACCGACCCCCGCCUUCUCGACUCGAGACCCCGACAUCCGAGUUCUCCUCAGCCAAGCGGCACAGGCUCGACGCCGAUGAGAGUAGCAGCCAGACACAGCAGGACCUUCAGCGGAACAGAGCUGAGAGAUCCGACCAGAGCCAGUCGCAAUCGCGCGUCGACAGCACCGAGCACGGCAGAGAACGGGGGCCAUCGGACCUCGCGAGGCUGCAGACGGAAAACAGAAUGCUCGUUGCCCGACUUGCCACGGAAAGCGCAAAGGUCGAUGGACUGGAACAAGAGAAGAAGGGUCUCAGAGAGAAGAUCGAGGCCAUGGAAAAGCGGAAGCUUGAGCUUCGCGAGCAGGUCAAAUCCCUGAAGCCUUUGGAGGACCUGUGGAACACCACGCGGAGGAUUCGCAACAAGGAGCUGCGAGACAUGGGCGUCAAUAUCGCGUGGGGUGUCGAUGACCUGGAGGCCUUCUUGAAUGACCUGCAGCAGGACUGGAAGUAG